CCCAACAUUUUUUUUUCAAUGAAAAAAAUUAAUUUUAUAAGAAAUGAAUCUCCUCAAACAGAUUCGUAUGACUCGGAAGAACAUCGGCGUGAGAAAUAGCAGCUCACAGACAACCGCUAAUUAUUGCAUGAAUUUAGUAAAGAGUUACGAUUACGAAAAUUUUCUUAGUACACUUCUAUUAAAAGGCAAAUCGAGAUCAUGUGCAUUCGCUGUUAGGAGUUUCAACGUUGAGGUUGCUCGUGUGGCUGAGCAAGUCUCAACCAAAGAAACGGGGUUAAUGAGGAUGCAGUUUUGGGAAGACGCUUUAGAGAAAUGCUUUUCGGGGAAUUGUGACAAAGUGCCCAGACAUCCAGUCGCGAUAGAACUAUUCAACGCCAUAAGCCGGAAUAAAUUAUCUAAACGCCACCUAAAGAACCUCAUUCUCUCCCGGAAAGAACAUUUUAACUUAAACACCUUUCAUAAAUUGGAGGAUAUGGAAACGUACUCAGAACGAUCGGUUUCAAGUGUGUAUUACUUAAUCCUGGAAGGGUGCGAUAUAAGAAAUAUUAAUGCAGAUCACGCAGCUUCUCACUUAGGAAAAGCGCAAGGAAUUGUCCAAAAUUUACGGUGUAUACCACAGUGUAAAAAUUUAAACUUUGUGCCACUGCCUCAAUCAAUUCUAGUCAAAAAUAACGUGAGUCAAGAAGAAUUGCUUCGGCACAAAUCGUCGCAGCCUUUAAGUGACUGUGUUUACGAAGUAGCAACCAGGGCUCAUCAGCAUUUGAUGAAAGCACGAAGUUUACAAGAAAAGGUUCCACCUGAAGGACGGAGCGUUUUGUUGCCAGCGGUGGCGACGUUUGCGUUCUUAAAAAGACUGGAAAAUGUGAAUUAUGACAUAUUUCAUCCACAGUUGAAGGCCAGACCGUGGAAUUUGUUGUUCAAAAUGUGGUUUAGCAAUUUUAAAAAUAAAUAUUAAAAGUGAAA